GACAAUAUCCCACCCAACCAUCCUACCCCGUCCAGUCUCCUGCCAACGCCGCCGUCUACCCGCAGACGAUGCCCCUUCCACAGCCACCGCCCUACACGGAUGCACCUCCUGCUUAUUCCGAGCUUUACCGUCCCAGUUUCGUGCCUCUGGGAGCUGCCACCGUCCCUACAAUGUCCACAGCGUAUCCAGGUGCUUCGGUCUUCCUGCCCAUGGCCCAGUCUGUGGCCGUGGGUCCCAUCGGCUCCUCGGUCCCCAUGGCCUAUUACCCUGUGGGACCAGUUUAUCCUCCAGGCUCAACAGUCCUUGUUGAAGGUGGUUUUGAUGCUGGAGCGAGGUUUGGAGCUGGUGGAACCGCCAACAUCCCUCCCCCUCCUCCUGGUUGUCCCCCCAAUGCUGCCCAACUGGCCGUAAUGCAGGGAGCCAACGUCUUGGUGACACAACGGAAGGGAAACUUCUUCCUGGGAGGCUCAGAUGGCGGCUACACUAUCUGGUGA